UCCCCUUUUCACCACAAACUCUCUUCAACUCCAUUCCAUAUAACAUACCACCUUCCAUUUUCUCACCUCGCAAUUUUCUCACAUUCCCUUCUUCUCUCUUUCUGCGAUCUGCACUUGUUAAGAGCCCGAGGAUCUUGAACAAUCUUGAUUCUUGAAGCUCCAUUUUGAGUGAAGAAGAAAAUAAUGGUGCUUCCUGCAUCAAGUUCCGGAAAUCCAAUGCUCUCUCUCAAAGUGGCUUUGAUAUCAGCUGGGGUGUUAUCUUUAGCGCUGAUACUAAAGCUAUCGGUCCUUUCAGUAGUAGCAGAUUUUGCGGUCUCUGAGCUACCAAUCAUGUACUCCUCCGUUCUUUCUUGGCUUCAGCCACCUUAUCUUUACUUGGUCGUCAACUGCAUAAUCAUUUCUAUUGUCGCCUCUUCCAAGCUUCAACUUCAAAAGACAAGCCAAGAGCAACAAGUACCCUUGCCAUCAUCAGCGGAUAUUGUUGCCCCUCCGGUGCAGGUGGAAAAUAUUUCUGUUCGUGCAAGAAGUGAUUAUAAUAAUAAUGAUGCUAUUGUUUCAAGUGAUCAAUAUGGUAGUAAUUAUCAACAUUCGGAUGUGGACUGGAAGGCUGCGGCCGUGGAGGAUUGUACGGUGAAGACUAUUGGGGUAUAUGAGAGUGAAGAGGGUGGUAAGACAGCCCCAUCUAUGGAGUUCUUGUUUGAGAAAGAGAAACCAUUGGUUUCUGCAAGAUUGGGUCGCAGGAAAUCUUUGAAAGCAACUCCUGAAGGUAAUGGGAAGGCAGCAGCACCAGCAGCGUUGGGAGUGGCAAAACCAAAACGGUACGACACGCUGGAGAGCACGUGGAAGACGAUAACGGAUGGCCGUCCGAUGCCACUAACCAGACACCUCAAGAAGUCCGACACGUGGGAAACACACGUGCGCCGAGACAGCACCCGCCCACCAAAACGGACGAAGAAAUCUGAGACUUUCAACGAUAGGAGCAGCAGCACCAAGCCAGAGAAGCUUGCUCGGAGUCCGCAAGGGUCAGGGAAACUCGGUAGAGAACCUUCACUGGGUCAGGACGAGUUGAACAAGCGAGUUGAGGCGUUUAUAAAGAAGUUUAACGAGGAAAUGAGGUUGCAAAGGCAGGAGUCUUUGAACCAGUAUCAAGAGAUGAUUGGUCGUGGAGCAUAUUAGACCUUGUUUGUCUCACCAUCUUCUGUUGAAUGAAAGGGGUAAGAAUUAAGUGAAGAAAGGAGGUGAUUUUAGGACCCGUCCAGUGUUGGUAAAGGAACUGAUCACGGAUUAGACGUACCUUGCAGAUACAAAAUAACAAUGUAUUAUAAUUGAUUUUAAUUUAAACCCCAUGUAUUAAUUUCCUCUCUUUUUAAAAUAAAUAAAAUAAAAUGGUACUGUCCCAGUUUUUAUGUUG